AUGACAUCAUCCGCACCAAAACCACAGCGCGGCCACUUCAAUCUGCUCUACUUUGCCAGCGCCGGCUCUUUUACAGGCAAAGACCAGGAGAGCCUGCCUGCACCUGUGCCCAUUGGCAAACUCUUUUCCGAGCUGGAAUCGCGGUAUCCCGGCAUCCAGGCCAAGAUUCUCGACUCAUGUUUGGUAACGGUCAAUCUGGAUUAUGUAGACAUUCCCACCCAGGGCGAAGAGGGCGCGGUGAUCCAAGAGGGAGAUGAGGUGGCGAUAAUUCCACCCGUCAGCUCUGGUUGA